AUGCAAGAUGUUGACGAUCGAUCCGACAGCUUCGAAGAAGAUUUAGAAGGAGACAAGUACUUGCAGGAUCCCAACUUGUCAAUCGCGGGUAGCCCGCGUGAUGAUGGAAACACCGCCGUCUUGGCCUUCAAGAUCUUGAUAGCGACGCCUUUACUCGCUGUGUCUAAAGCCACCAAUGAGGAAGUUACGAAGGUACUAACCACCACCAAGAAAUACUAUGAGAGACUUCUGUUGGCGUCCAUAUAUUUACACCGCAUCGCAUCACCAAGCGCAGCUCUCAUUGAUCUAUGGGCCAGCUGCGAGUUCGUCUUCCUGCACGAGUACGGCAAGUCCAUAUUCUUCCUGAGAGAUCUUCCAGACUCGCUGAAAUCUUGCGUACGCCGGCUGGUGCUCCCUUAUGAUUUCCUAAGUCUUAUUGCAUACUCGCGGUGGACCAAAGAGCAAUCAAGAGGCGGGGCCUUAUUUACAAACUGGAUCUCGGAUAAUUUUCCCAACUUACGGACGGUGGCGAUUGAGGUACCAGAUAUAGACGAAGUCAUGGAAAUGAAUUGGAACGGGGCUUCGGACUAUCUGUGCGAGAUGCUCAAGAACGGGCGUUUGGACACCGUGAGAUUCUGGUACAAAGACUACGAGAACUACGGAUUGGACAAAGAGGAAACCCCAGACGAACUCUACCACGUUUCUUGCAACGAUCCCAAUGGAGCCGUCAUUGACCAGUAUCCCUACCCCGAGAUUAUGAUGACGUAUAAAAUCUUCUCCAUAUCGACACCCUUGCUUCUGGUUUCCAAAAGAUUGCGUAUAGAGGCGAAGAGAAUACUCGAAGCCAACGAACAGGAGUGGAUCGAUUACUACACCGAAAUUGCGCAUUCCAGUAUAUACUAUCAUCGGAUUGUCAACCCGGGCAAGGCUUUCCAGUACCUUUGGUCUCGCAGCGAGCUCAUUCUCGAAAACUGUACAUGA